AGAGCGUUCUCCCGGAGCGGGCGGCGAGGCGAUGGCGGCCCUGGGAGCGAUGGCGGCCAUCGGGCCCCUGCCGGCCGGAACCGCGGCGCUGCCGCCGCUGCCCACGCUGGGGGUGCCGGGAGUACCCGAGCUGAAGCCGCUGACGCGGUACGAGGCGAUGCGGCUGGGCCCGGGCUGGAGCCACUCCUGCCACGCCAUGCUGUACGCGCCCAACCCGGGCAUGCUGUUCGGCCGCAUCCCGCUGCGCUACGCCGUGCUGAUGCAGAUGCGAUUUGACGGACUGCUGGGCUUUCCCGGGGGGUUCGUGGAUCGCCGUUACUGGUCCCUGGAGGACGGUCUGAAUCGGGUGCUGGGCUUGGGUUUGGGCUGUGUGCGCCUGACGGAAGCUGACUAUCUGUGCUCGCACCUGACAGAGGGGCCACACCGCGUGGUCGCGCACUUCUACGCCAGGCAGCUGACCCUGGAGGAGCUGCACACCAUCGAGAUCAGCGCGGUGCAUUCCCGAGACCACGGGAUGGAGGUGAUGGGCAUGGUCCGUGUGCCCCUCUACACCCAGAAGGACCGCAUGGGCGGGCUGCCCAACUUCCUGGCCAACUCCUUCGUCGGAACCGCUAAAUUCCAGCUGCUCUUUGCCCUGAAGAUCCUGAACAUGGUGCCCGAGGAGAAGCUGGCCGAGGCGGUGGCCGCCACGCAGAAGCCGAAGAAGCCGGCGGCCAUCGACCACGCCGGGGGCAACGCGCACGCGGGGAAGGCGGGCAACGAGCUGAUGGCCCCCGGGAAAACGGGCAACGAGUUCACAGAGAGGGCAGAGAACCAGGCAGGGCUGCAGGCAGAGGCGGCGGAGCAGGCGGGAGGGCUGGAGGCUCAGGCGGUGUCGGAGCAGCUGGGGGAGCAGGCGGUGGGGCUGGGGGAGCAGGCGGGGGGGGAGCAGGUGGGGGCAGAGCCCAUGGAGUGACGGCCCGCCGCCCCUCCCUUAAAAGUGGGUGAGAUGAGAGACUUUCUUCUACCUUUCCAACCCGUCGCUGGCUGCCGUUGCUGCCCACGCGAUUUCCACCGCCCGGCUGGGAGGGUUUGGGUUCGAAGCAGGGGAAAGUGAUGAAUUUUUAUGGCCAUUAAACUCUAGGAAGCUUCCCAGAUCAGCCCAGGGGCCCCCGCAGAGCUCUCGUGUGGGCACCGCAGCCUUAGGAUCUCCCUUUGAUUUCGGGGACGUGCCGCUCCCCCCGUCACCUCCCUGCUCCCUUUCUAAGGAACAAAACGUUUUAUUUUUUUUAAACUCCCCGUGCUGUGUGUGCAGCAGGCACGGCCCAGGGACAGGGCUGCCAACAAGCCCCUCUGCCAGCCUGGGCAGCCAGGCGUAGGGUGCUGGUGUACCCUGAGUUCCCUCUGGGGCCUGGGGGUGCUCGUGUGGGUUUCUACCCGGAGAUCUGUGGGAGCAGGAAAGCAGAAUAAAUGGCUUUGCUGAACGCUGUG